AUGAGCUUUUGGAAAGCUUUCUCUCCAUUCCGCCGCGGUGGUCGCCGCCUGUACGGUCAAUUUCACGAUACCUUGGAUCAAUUGACUGGGAUUGAAAAGCGGGAAAUGCUUGCUCAUCUAGCUGGUGAUUGCGAUCCAUUUCGAAUGUUAGCUAUAAGAAAAGGUCCAGGAACUUGGCAAUGUCCGAAUCUGAUACCCAGCGCAAACAACAAACGUUUGUUAGCUUGCCUCUGUCAUCCAGAUGACAUGCACCUAGAGUUCAUGUGGUUACACCAGGGUUGUCCCAAGCGAUGCGGCUGCGGCUACUGGUUUCAGCUAUGUCCGGUUGCCCCACUAUAA